AUGGACAGCAGCCCAGCACAACGCCUUCURUCCAGACGUCUGAAGACUACCAUCCUCGUAGCUAACAAGCUCCUUGAGCCCUGCCUCAUGGUUGGCGUCACGGACAAACUGCGUCACAGAAAGCAGCUCGCUAAGUGCUUCUACGACCGGACUGCUCGAGACCUACCAGAGCUGGAGCUGGCGGGCGUCUUCUCGGAUAUCUUCAACCUGUCCCUGUCCCAGGCUGUAGUCCACACUUGCUUCAAUGAGACCAUCAUCGUCACAGUGCCCAAGUACUCUGAGGAGGAGAUCAGGCAGAAGGUCGGCACCUUCAGACAGAUGCUGAUGGAGAAAGAGGGGGUAAUCACCAGAGAGGGAACACACACACGCCCACCGAUCAAACACAUAGUCCAUGGAGAGCAUGGUGAGGAGCAGACCGACCCAGCCCUGGCUGAAGGUUACCAGGAGGACGCAGACUGGCAUGGAGACUACUACGAUAAAGACGGUUAUAGGUUCGACAGCUCCUCUCCCUCCCGCAGAGAGAAGAAGAAGAAAAGUGGAAAGAAACACAAGCGAGACAGAUCCGGUAGCCCAAAGAACAAACAGAAAGACAAGAACAAAACCAGAAAGAGGUCCCCAGUAGAGUCCCCCAGUAGGAGGUCUCAACGUAGAGGCAGCUGCUGUAGCUCCCGAAGUGCAUCACACUCCUCCACAGGCCACAGCCCCUCCAAGUCCCCCAGCAGGCCCAACUCCAAGCACAAGACAGACGGACACAAGGCCUGUGUGAGCCCGUCCCCGUCUCCCGGUCCUGGCGGUCCUGUCCUGUGGCACAACGGGCACCCCCACCAAGACCACGCCCGCAACGGCAAAGCUGGCAGACUCAACCACAACCACGUGGCCGAGGGCAACAAAGGGCAAGAUAAGCUGAGAAUGCUGACUGCUGCUACUCCGGGAGACCAGUCGACCAUGAUGCUGCCUCAGCUGAGAGGAGGAGAGCACAAGACCCACAAUGCCCUUUACACGACCCCAGGAGGAGGUUCUGCAAUCCAGGCUGGACAGGCUGGAGAUGCCCUACAGGGAGAGGAAAGGCAGACGAUAGGGUCGUCGGGCAGACGGGGAGGUCACAGAGGUCACAGAGCUCAUGGGAAGAGCUCCCAUUCGCCAGCUCACAGCAGUGACUCCGCCCACUCUCAACGUAACCUGCAUCCUCACAGAGGAAAAAGCUCUCACCGGAAGAAGACUAAAGGGGGCCACUCGUCCAAGCGGCACCACCAUGGGGUUCGGGGACAAGCCCAUCACCAGAGCCAGUCUGGCUCCCCGGGGCGGCACCGCCACACAUCUGGGUCAGGCAGGAAGAAGAGUGAGUCUCGGGGGCGCGGUGGCAUGGGGGUCCGACAGCGUAGCAGCUCCUGGAGCUCCGGGCGCUCUUCAUCACGCUCCGGCUCCAGAGAGAGAGGCCCCAGCAAAGCCAAGUCCCCCCACCCCCAUGCCAGACAGAACAACUCCAGGGAGAGAGACAGCCCUCACCACUCUGAUGCUGACCGUGCUCGCCGUCGCUCCAGGAGCUAUUCUCCCAUCAGGAAGAGGAGACGAGACUCUCCCAGCUUCAUGGAGGCUCGUAGGAUCACCAGCGCUCGGAAGCGGCCUAUUCCGUACUACCGUCCAAGCCCCUCCUCCUCCAGCUCCAUGUCUAGCCCCUCCCACUCGGAGAGGAGUCGCAGCCAUGACAGCUACAGCAGCUAUAGCCGCAGUCACAGCCGCACCAGGAGCCACAGCCGCUCCCGCAGCCGCAACCACAGCUACUACAGCCGCAGCAGUUACGAGAGCCCCGGCUUCUGAGGAGAGAGAGACAGAGGAAGAAAGGGGGAGGGAGAAAGAGAGGGAGCGAGGGGGGUAGAUAGAGAGGGAAACAGAGAGACAGAGACAGAGAGAGAAAGAUAAGAUAAAUCAUGUUAUGUAUUCUUAUGUCCCUGAAUGGUUCAAACACAGGGCCAGACCUCUGGUCCAUUUUUACCCUCAGUCUUCAUCUCUGUAUACUUCAUGUUAACCCGCAAGUAUGGGUAGCUGCUGCCCAUUAUGGCGACCGGAGUAUGGGCAUUGGGUGUAUAGAAAUAAUCGAAUUGGGCAGAUCUGUUGCCACUCAAGAGCGUUUUGCGUGGCUGAUUGGGCUGCACGAGGAGUCAACCAGUGCACCGGUGUUGUAUCAACAUGCCUGCUGGCUUGAAGUGCUUCCUACUGGGUAUCACGGUCGUGUCGCUGACGGUAUCUUACGUGGACAUUUUUUUCACACCGGUGCAGCCUUGACAAGAAAUAGCUAAUAUUGAUAACCAUCUAGAUGUCACCUUGAUGCAGUCUACUACUCAAUGGGAAGGGCGUGAGCGUCAAGAACAUCUAGUAGGCAAUAUCAGGGUGACAGUCACAGUAAGCACACGUGUACAACGCAUGAAGCAACAGUACACCCACCAUCAAUACCUUUAAUCUAAAAUAAACAAUCGUCAGUUAUGACGAAAAUGUACAAUUAUUUGUGUAAAACUAACAGUGAAAUACAAUUCAGACUCAAGCGGAAGUCCAAACUCUCGCGUUAUGGUAGGUCAGUGUACGGCAGUUGCGUGGUAAGAAACGGAACCCAAAAAAAACGGCUCAGUCAAAACCUUCUAACCUAUAGCAGAGCGAUUUYGACACACCCACUCCUUUCCACACGCCCACUACUUUCCUUUCGACACACCCACUCGCCCAUACUCCAGUCGCUUUAUUGCUACCCCUUUCUCUUAACCUGAGCCUGGAUCAAUGGAAGGAAGAGGGAGGUUUUUAAUAUUAUAGCACAUUCAUUUGAAAUAUCAAAAAAAAA